CUUUGUCGGAUCCCACAAAUUUCGACGAGGGGAAUAGCAGUCGACCUCCUCUCCCUUCUGCUGGAACAGGCCGAUCAAAGGGCCUAGGCAAAAAGAAAGACCAAAAAGCUAAAGAUAAGGCCCAAUCUGGUGGGCUCCUGGAAAACCAAGGAGCAGCUUCAAGAAAAUUAUUACAUCUGCGAUUUUCAAACUCCCCUAAGUGUCAAAGCACAAAUCCGAUUUCUGUGAAAUUGAGGAAACCACGUCCUGGAUCCACUCUGUCAGGCAGUGAGGGAAAACACCGGCACCAAUCAGAGACGACAUUGGGGGAUCGACAAAGGAAAAAUGAUGGUAGAGAGGGGGAAGGUGAUCCGCCCACCAUCGCCAAUUGAUCAAUUCCUCGCAGAUGCAACAAGGGACGACAAAGUGUCCUCACCGUCGACUAGAAAUAUGCUCAUCUCUAGGUUUCUUCUCUUCUCUCAGUUUACAGCUUCUGUUUGUUAUCCCCUGUUUGGUACCACUAUGAACAUUCCGGUUUUGCUAUAUCCUUCUCGCUUAUGUACACGGUGGACUAGAUAUGCAAAUCGAGACUUCUCUGUCAUUGGUUAUGACACUCCGGUUACCUAUAACCGAGAUAAGUUGGUGCAACCAGUUAUGUUGUUCAUCUACAAUCGGAAGUCCACGAGAUCCAAAAGGGUUGGACAACUUCCCUCUCAGGUUCUUCAUGCUUCUAGGAUCGACGAACGGCUGGAUACUUCCCUUCUCGUGGGGGCGUCUUUGGCUCUUAGUUACAGACGGUCCUUCCCAGCAGAAGAAGAAGCGUGUUGCCGCGCUUUCACGGGAUGUUCUGUCCGUCCUCUUUGCCUUUGCCUGUACCGGGUUUUGGAGGUUCUCAUACCUCUGGGGCAAUCAGUUCUUGGUUUCCAAGACUCUCGUCUUGUCCAGCGUGUGACCACCCUUUUCAGGGACCUUUGGCGCAUGCACGGAAUCCAAACACCGCGUUCGUUCCUUUGCAACGUCUGCGGCAAUGGUUAUCAAGGUGGUUGACUAUGAGGCAGUGGCCGGUCAUCCUUCACCAUGAGUGGUCUCACUUUGUGUGGCAACUCUUUACCUUUAGGACUUGUUGUCUUCUUUAUGUCUCUUGUCACUUUUAUGGUUUCAAGUCAAGCUUUAAAGCAUGUUUUAUGUACGAUUUAAGAUCGUUGUUUGUAGUUUAUUUUGUCCUCCUGUGUAAGCUUAUUGGUGUAUUUGGCUCCUUUUUAAAGGAAGCUUGUAAACCUUUAAUCUAAUAUAAUGGAGUGUUUAAUGGGAAAAAAAAAAAAAAACCAAAUAAGGUAUUUU